GCCAAAGUGCGCACACACGCAGCUGAGCAACAAAGUGCGCCUGUGCUGGGAGGGAUGACUGAACAUGACACAGUCGGUCCUCACUGAGCCUCACACAGCCUCAGAGUUCGGAUGUAGGGACCGUAUUCACGAUCCUGUCUGGAUUUAGGGGACAACAUGCGGAGUCCAGAGCUGGCAGUGGGGCUGAGCCGAGUCGUGGUUGUGCAGCAAUGAGCGGGUUACGGAUCGACGCAGACAAAAAUGCCCGGAGUUACCGAGUCCGUGCGCAGAUCUUCUGACUGGGAAACUUGUUUGUCGGUUGUUUUGAUCUGAGGCAAGAUGCAUCUUUUUCGGAGUCACAAUUACCAAGUGUUCCCGGACCGGUACUCAUGGGAGACGCCGACCAUACGGGGCAUCAGCUGGACUCCACUGCCAGAGGCCCUGAAUUCAAAGGACACUAUGAAGCAGUUUCUUUCAGAUCGUGUUGUGAAGGCAGCAAGAUCAGUAUACAGUGUCAUGAUCGAGAAGAACCCUGGUCUGAUCCGAGACAGAAAGUAUCACCUCAAAACAUACAGACAGUGUUGCUCUGGUAAGGAACUCGUUGACUGGUUGAUGAAACAAAACGAAUGUCUCCAAUCCAGAAGUCAGGCAGUUGGAAUGUGGCAGGUCUUGGUGGAUGAAGGAAUCCUUGUUCAUGUGAAACAUGAGCUGAACUUCCAUGACAAAGACACCCAGUUCUACCGCUUCCAGAACUCUGAGUUUGGCCUGAACCACAUAACGAACGAGAGGGAGUCAGAGGACGAGCUCCAGGAGGGUUUAUCACUGCUGUCUCAGCUGGGUCCUGAUGCUCUGCUCACGAUGAUUCUACGCAAAUGCCCCAGUCAGAGGAGUGCUGAGGACCUGGAGGUCAUCUAUGAGGAGCUUCUCCACGUCAAAGCUGCUGCUCACCUCUCCACCUCUGUGCGUAAGGAGCUGGCAGCAGUGCUGGUCUUUGAAUCACAUGCCAAGGCCGGAACAGUCUUGUUCAGUCAGGGGGAUAAAGGAACCUCCUGGUACAUCAUCUGGAAAGGCUCUGUAAAUGUGAUCACACAUGGAAAGGGUCUGGUGACAACACUGCAUGAGGGUGAGGACUUUGGGCAGCUUGCUUUGCUGAAUGAUGCACCUCGUGCAGCCACCAUCAUCUUGAGGGAAGACAACUGCCAUUUUCUCCGUGUUGAUAAACAGGACUUCAUCCGGAUCCUCAAGGAUGUAGAGGCUAACACAGUGCGACUGGAGGAACAUGGGAAGACUGUGCUGGUGCUGGAGAAGAGCGCAGACUCGGCCUGUCAGGGAGGAGCAGGAAACAACAGCAAGUACACAGUUAUGUCUGGAACACCUGAGAAAAUCCUGGAACACCUACUGGAAACAAUAAAGCUGGACUCAAAUGGAAAUGAUGCUAUAGACUCCUGUGUGACUGACUUUCUGCUCACCCACAAAGUCUCCAUGCCCUCCAGCCAGCUGUGUCCGGCACUACAGCACCACUAUCGGGCAGAGCUCUCUGAAGGCUCAGAGCAGGAGAAGGCUGCCUACAUCCUAAACAUCAAGCAGAAAGUAGUGAAGCUGAUUGGCCAGUGGGUGGCACUGUUUGGCCUUCUGCUGAAAGAAGACCCUAUUGCUUUAGACUUUCUGGAGAGGCUAAAGAAGGAGGUGGCAGCUGAUUACCGUCUGUCCAGCGUCCUGAAGGAACAAUUCAGGGAAAGGAGGAGAACAAAAGUGUUGGAAAAUGGAUAUCAAUCAAUGAGCAGGAACCAGCCGUUUGAUUGGUUUGCAAACUGUGAGGAACCAGUUGGGAGGUUACAGCCAAUCAGAGCUCAGGAUAAAGUGUUGUAUGAGAUCUUCAGACCAGACAACAAACCUCUCACUCUGAUGCUCCCGGUGAACAUGUCUGUGGAGGAUGUAAUGGCAGCAAUCGUCAAACCUGGUGGUGAUCACGUCCUGGUCAAAAUGAACUCCGCAGGAGAAAGAGCUCAGUUAAAGCUGGAUGCUGCCGCCGUCUACACCGCUCUGGGACUCAACGAGAGACUUUUCAUCUGCACAAGCAGCCAAGUGGAACAACUGGUGCCACUGAAGGAGCAGCAGGGCCCAGAGCGAGGAACCACUGACAUCCUCGAGCAGAUGAGCUCUAAAGACCUCGCCAAUGAACUCACUAAAUAUGACUGGGAACUGUUCACUGCCAUGCAUGAGGUGGAGCUGGUCUACUACAUAUUUGGGCGUCAUAAAUUCCCAGGCGCCAUCACGGCUAACCUGGAGAGGUUUGUGCGUCGCUUCAAUGAGGUGCAGUACUGGGUGGUGACUGAGCUGUGCCUCUGUGAAGACCUUGUGAAACGGGCCAUUCUGCUCAAGAAGUUCAUCAAGAUCGCUUCAGUAUUAAAGGAGCAGAAGAAUCUCAAUUCAUUUUUCGCGGUGAUGUUUGGGUUAAGCAACAGUGCAGUGCAGAGGCUUUACAAGACCUGGGAGAGAAUUCCCAGCAAGACAAAAAGAAUUUACUGUGCUUACGAGAGAUUGAUGGAUCCCUCACGCAACCACAGAGCCUACAGACUGGCUGUGGCUAAACUCGGUCCUCCGUACAUCCCCUUCAUGCCUCUCUUGCUUAAAGACAUGACGUUCAUCCAUGAAGGAAACCCAAACUAUGUAGACAAACUGGUCAACUUUGACAAAAUGCGAAUGCUCGCGAAGACAGUGAAAAUUGUACGUGGAUGCAGAAGCCAACCUUAUGUGCCUUCAUCUCCACAGAGGGGUCUGGCUGAUCGGAUGUUUCUGGAAGGGCCUUCUACUCGCAUAUCAACGUACUCCGACCACGCUCUUCCUCUGCGGAGUCCCAGCAACAUCCGACACUACAUUCAAAACCUGAAGGUGAUGGACAACCAGCGCAAGCUAACGCAGCUAUCAAGAACAAUCGAAUGCUAGGACGUCGACCUGCAACUGUACAAAGACUGCGAAACUGUAGCAAAAUUGGAACCAGAGAAGAGACUGUAGCAGGCCACACUGGCCUGAAUAAGAUGAGCUUCUGGAAGAGUUGAAUGUUGUGGAAAUGUACUGUUAUUGAAGGAGCUCAGACAUUCACAGAGAUUAUUUCUGCGCAGCACGGUACUGUGAGUGAAGAUGUGCAGUGGGCACGGUAAUGACCUCCAGCGCUAAUCCACAGAAUUUGACUCUGUGUCCACAAAUUCAUUGGACAAUUUUUAUACAACAAGCCUUACGUCGCACUGGUAUGGAUACACUUGUAAGGAUCCUCUCAGAAGGGCAAUGUUACAACAUGUACAGUAUUGUUCUUUAAUGUCAAAAUUCAUCAUAUAUUUGGGUCAUUCAUCUCAGUUCAUUACAUUUUCAGAACAAUUUCUGCUCAACCUUCUCUGAUUUGCCUGAAAUUCUAAUAGCAGAAAAUAUAUAUAUUUAUAAAAGUACUUGUAACAUUUUAGCCUGAUAUAGCAAAUAUUUUUCAAAACAAAAUUUUUAAAUUGCCUAUUGUUCCACUUCUGGCACAUUUUCUGUGCAUUUUUUGUUAUUUCUCAUUAUGUCACAGAUGACAUUCAGACAUUGAGUAGGUCAAAUAGUGAUUACAGAUGAUUUCAAAUAUGUAAAAAAUGUAACCCCUCAUGAAACAUCUGAUCUUUCAGCAAACAUUAACAAAAAAGUGACCAUGCAGAAGUCUGCUAGUGAUAUUUUCUACACCAGAUGUCGUUGCAUGUCACAAUACGAUAAGAAAAAGCAUAUGGAAUACUGUUUAAUAUGAAACACUUGGUCACAAAAAUGAAGUUAUUUUCUUUGAAUUUUCAUAACUGAUUGAGCAGGGAUGGCAAGUUGUAUCACAAAAGCACAAAAUAUUUUGGUAGUUAGCCUGAUCCAAGUAGAACAGAGUUCUGGAGUUUCAAAAUCCAUCCCUCCAUCCAUUAUCUACAGGCUCAAGUGUAUUCCAGCUGACUUAGGUGCGAAGGCAGGGGACACCCUGGACAGGUCGCCCGUCUAUCUAUGAUUUAGAAUCAUCAACUAACCUCAGCAUGACUUUAGACUGUGGGAGGAAGAUGGAGUACCUGGUGAAAACGCACUGCACAGGGAGAACAUGCAAACUCCACACAAACCGGGGAGUUUCAGAAUGGUUCUUCAAAUAUAAAUGAGAAAAUGUUGUUUUUAAAUACAAGCACAUAAGCAAUUAAUUUUCAGUCACUUUGAACAUCACAUAUUCAGCUCAGUGCAUUGAUUCUUAGAAUAAAACAUGCUGAAGGGGGGUUUUAAAAAGAAACUUAUUUCGGAAAGUACUUGAUACAUCGGUCUAAAAUUUACAGAUACCAUUUAAGUUCUGUUUCAUAGUUUAGGAUUUUUAAAAAGGUUUCAAGCAAAUCAGAUAGUCGAGAGUGACUGUGAUGAUAUGAGAUGAAAAAUGACUCAUUACAUUUCGUAUACACUUCUGUCUGUGGAAGACUCACACCAGUGAUUCCAAAAAAGGGCCAUAAGAACACAUAUUACACAUCUGUGCCACAACUUAUCACUUUAGGUCAGUUUAUCGUGCACUAGUGUUUCACAAUAAAACUAAUAUAUUGUAUCAGAUCAUUUUUGGUGGCAAGGUCACUGACUGACAUGCAUAUAAUUUCAUACAACGUUGUUUUCUAAAUAAAUUAUUUUCCCAGUUA